GUUGCCUCUUUAGGUAACUUUUCACGAUCGAAGCAUCAAUUUAAAAACAAUUUUCAAAUUAGUCGAAUAUUUUUUAAAACAAAAAGAUCCGUAUAUUUUGAAAGUGAGGGUUCAGAAAUGAUUUAAGUAAGAAUUGGAGAAACCUUUGGACUUGUUUAUCAACCACAAACGAAAGCGAUUCCUGUUCAUAGUUGUCUGAUCCGCGAAAGGUUCAGAAUCGUUAAAGAUGGCAUCCCGUAAGAACGUCUUAAACCUCCUCCAGCUCGUAACAUCUAAUUCGUGUAAAUGUCCGGCCCAUUCCAAUGUUGGAUUAGUGCAUUCCAGCACUGUACCUAAUGCCCUACCCUCCAAGGAAUACGCUUUCGAAAUGAGUUCCUCCACCGUUCGUUACGGCCCAGGUGUGACCCAAGAAGUUGGCAUGGACAUAGUCAACAUGAGAGCCAAAAACGUCUGCGUUGUAACCGACCCCAAACUCGCAAAACUGCCUCCAGUGCAAGCCACUCUCGACUCGCUAACAAAAAACAACGUCCAGUUCCAAGUCUACGACCAAGUCAGAGUCGAACCAACCGAAGAAAGCCUCCUCCAUGCAGCUAACUUUGCAAAAAGCAGCAAUUUUGAUGCGUUUAUUGCUGUAGGUGGGGGCUCAGUCAUCGACACAGCCAAAGCAGCCAACUUAUAUGCGUGUAACCCGGAUGCCGAGUUCUUGGACUAUGUUAACGCACCCAUUGGGAAAGCCAAACCGAUCGAAAAGCCGCUGAAACCACUAAUUGCCAUUCCAACCACUUCAGGGACCGGGAGCGAGACCACCGGGGUUAGCAUUUUCGACUACAAGCCGCUCCACGCAAAAACCGGAAUUUCCCACAAGGCUUUAAGGCCCACUUUGGGUCUAAUUGAUCCGCUUCACACGUUAUCGCUUCCGGAAAAAGUGGCGGCAUACAGCGGCUUUGACGUGUUCUGUCAUGCUUUGGAGUCUUUCACUGCUAUUCCCUACAAUGAGAGGAAACCUUGUCCGUCAAACCCGGCCUUAAGGCCGACUUAUCAAGGCCAGAAUCCCAUAUCAGAUGUAUGGGCGCGCUACGCCCUUAAUAUUAUCAAGAAAUAUUUCAAAAGGGCUGUGUAUCAACCCGACGAUCUUGAGGCAAGGUCUGCGAUGCAUUUAGCGUCCACUAUGGCAGGUGUUGGGUUUGGCAACGCAGGGGUGCACCUUUGUCACGGGUUGUCGUAUCCCAUAUCUGGGAACGUCCGGACUUUCAAACCCAAGGAUUACGAUGACGACCAUGCUAUCAUUCCUCAUGGGUUGAGUGUGGUCAUGAGUGCACCCGCUGUGUUCCAAUUUACCGCGCCUGCGUGCCCAGAGAGACAUUUGGAGGCAGCUGAAGUGCUUGGGACCGACGUUCGCAAUGCCAAAAAAGCCGAUGCUGGGAAAAUCCUUUCUGAAACUAUGAGAGAAUACAUGAAUGUGAUCAAGAUUGAAAAUGGUUUGUCGGCUCUAGGAUUCGUCAAAGAUGAUAUCCCCCAACUAGUCAAAGGAACUCUUCCACAGAAUCGCAUUACCAAGAUGGCACCACGGGAACAAUCAGAAGAAGACUUGGCGCAUUUGUUUGAACAAUCAAUGACUGUAUACUGAGUAUUUAAUAAAACUCGACGUAUCUACAAUA